AUGCUGCUCAAUAUAUCCGGGAAAGGAUCAGGUCGUCCUCCGGAGCAAGCCUUGCAAGAAUUAAAACUCGACUGGAAGCGAUGGCCAGGCGAGACCAAGUCUCGUCCGAAGCACGAGCUCUGGUCGAAGCUCGGGACGAUGCGCACUGCUUUAUGCUGGAUCAGAAGCCGUCCAUGUCGGUCUAUGUUCAUCCAUGCGGACCUGCACCCGAGCAAUAUUCUUAUUGCUCGUGGACGCCCCUCUGGAAUUGUGGACUGGGAAUGCGCCAGCUUCUACCCUGAGUACUGGGAAUUUACAAAGCUCAUGUAUGGUGCAGAACGAUUCCCGGAAAUUCAACAGAUCCUUCGUGAUGCAUUCCCAGAAGAUAGCUAUGAGGAGGAGCUAGAGGUGGAAUGA